AUGGAUAUUUCAACACGUGCUUCAGAAUCUACACCAUCAGAUCAUCUAAAUGACAUUAUUACCAAAACUUCUCAAGAAAUUCCAGCUAAUAUUAUAACAAGAAUGACAAAAUCAAAAAUAAAAAUGAUGACAUCGGGUAGAAGUAAUGAAGUGGAAACUUCAACAGGCAAAUGGUUGGUUCAAAAAAGAAAAUCAUCGAAGUCUAUCGAUGAAUCAACAGCUACAACUUCAAAAGAAAAAGAAAAAAAGAGAAUCGGUGAUAGAAAAUAUGUUAAAGGAGUGACAAAGAUUAAAGAAGCAAAAAGGAAGAGGAAUAGUGGGGACAAUCGUGCAACAAUAAAGAAGCAAAAAACCGUCAAAGAGCAAAAGACUGUGAAAGAUAUAUUGAAGGAGUUGCCUUCAAUAAACACUAGAUCGACACCUAAUUUGAUGACAGAUGUUGUAAGUUCUUUGACAUCAGAACAAAAAGAUUGGGUGAAACGGAUGGGAUUUAAAGCAUUUUUGAAGAUCAACAUUAAGAGUAUUCCCUUAAAACUUUGCCAUUUUGUGCUUGAGCAUUAUGAUGAAGGCACAAACAAUAUUCUGAUUAAAGGAAAAAGAAUAAAGAUCACAAAGGAAAAAAUUCAUAAAGUGUUUGGUUUACCCAAAACUGGAAAAAGCUUAUUUGACUUGGACAUGGUUAGCGAAGAUCAUCAAGUGUUUGAUGGAUGGAUGAAGGAACUUGAGGGUGGAAAGGCAAAUGCAACAAACUACAAGAAGAUUAUUCAAAAAUCCGAACAAGUGGAUAUGAAUUUCAAGCUGGGUUUCAUAGCUUUAUUUGUUAAUACGUUUGUAGAAUCCAUUCCUAUGGGGACAAACAACUUAGUUCCAGUUAGAGCACUUGUUGAAGUAGAUGACAUUUCUAAAAUCGAUUUGUUUGCGUAUUUGUUGUACUGUGUGAAAAAUUCAAAAGGGAGAUGGCGUCCAGACAACCCCAAGUGUUAUUACAGAGGCCCGAUGUUGUUGCUUUUCGCAUUUCAAAACAUACGAAGUGAACCAGCGAUCUCAUCAACUACAGUCAAGCAUGAUAUAACCCAACCACUCAGCGCCAUCCACACCAUAUUCGCCAUCCACAGUGUCAUACUCCAAGGUACGGCCAUAGUCGUACCUACUGUUACUAUCGACCACAGCGCCAUCCACACCUUCUCUGUUGUUCCCAUCGACCACAUCGACUUGCGAAGCCGAUCGACGAACCUUCGUUGCUCCGGCCAUUGCUGUUCGCGUCUCUUCUUCAGACCCUUUUCAUCUUCAUUCCUUGACACCUACCAACCGACCGAGAAGAGCGCAUCGUCGCUCACCGUCGCUGCUACUACUGCUACCGAUUUGGUGAUGAAGAUUCGUAGGUCGUAUAUAAGAGGGGGGGAAUUAGGUUAA